CAUUAGUUGUCAAUUUAUCGCGUUCGAGGUUGGGUGUAUGUUGAAUAUAAACAAAUCCGUAUACAAUUUACGAUAAAAAUAGAUAAAUAAAAACGUAAAGAUGUCUGUGGAUUUAGAGUUUGACUACAAUGAGGCCACAGCAGCCAUGGAUAAAUUCUCACAGGAAGAUAUCAAUGAGUUACGUAGCUGGACACAGAAACUGGAUAAAUCAAAAUAUGUGCCUAAGGAUCUGUCGGAUAAACAAUUAGUGUUGUUCUAUAAUGCUUGUUACGGGGACAUGGAUAAGACGAAGGCGUGCAUAGAGAAAUAUUACUCAUGCAGAAAAAAUGGACCGGAACUGUUUGACAACCGAAUCUUGAAGACUGACGAGUUAAAGCAAAGCGCAGAAGUCCUGGAAUUCUCCGUUCUCCCUGGCAAGUCAUGUCAGGGUUACGAUAUCAUCUACCACCGGCUCCACGAGACUGAACCCUCAAGAUACAACCUGGAAGCUGGUUGCAAGCUACUCUUUAUGACUGUUGACUUAUGUCUCACCAAAAGGGGUCCUCAACCGGGUUAUAUGUUCCUUUUUGAUAUGCGCGGAGUUAAGUUUGGACAUCUCACAAAAGUUAGCUUAUCGACUCUUCGGAAAUUCUUCCAAUAUGUACAAGAAGCGAUGCCAGUUCGCAUGCGUGCGAUACAUGUACUGAACACUGAACCAGUGUUAGACAAAUUAAUGGUGCUCAUUAGGCCUUUUAUGGACAAGAAGUUCUUUGAUAUGCUCAAAUUCCACAACAAGAACGAGGAUCUUGAGAAGUUUUACGAAACCGUGGUGCCGCGGUCAGCACUCCCUCCCGACUACGGCGGUACCCUCCCUGACACACAGACCCUUCACAAGAAGUGCAUGCAGCAGCUCCAACUCCUGGAACCUUACUUCAAAGCUGAGGAGGAACAGAGAAUCGCAGCCUUACCUGACAAGAAACGAGAGAAAGCCAUGGAAAAAGCCUUCAAAAACUUGGACAUUGAUUAAGGAGUCCGAGAGAAGUGGUACUGGUAUUAUAAUGAAAAGUGAAAGGUAAAUGCUGUAUCUUUUAAUAAUGUAGACUUUUUGGCGAUGGACAGGCCGCAUGAGUACUUAUAACCUGCAUUUAAAUUACACAUUUCUAGAAUAUUUUUUUCUACAAAUGUGGACUGUUCAAAAAUCGUUACCUUUUUCAUUAUAAUAGCCGGUUUCUGUUCUCAAAUGGUAUGUUAAUUUAGUACAAUAUGCAUUUAAGUGUUACUUAAAUUGGGAAUUCAUAAAAUAUGAUAGCGGUGUCGAAUGAUUGGAGUAAUCCUUUUUAUUUAUAUCAGAAAAACGUUCCAUACAAUUUCAGCAACGUGUACUACAAAAUAUUGUCAAUUAUAAAUCUAUAAUUACAAUAGAUAAGUAUAGAUAGUGCUGAUUGGACUAUCAAAUAAAUUACACACGAAACAUUUAGAGAGUAUGUGAGGAUAUAAAAAAGUGGUUAUAAUUGUUGUUGUACAUAAAAAAGUUUGAUAACUGUUAAAAGAAAUACAAUGUUGUUUUAUUAGGAAAAUUAUUUUGUCGUUAGAAAGUGAAGGUUUGGAGGUGACAGAAGUUUUUUAAGCUUAAGCUUAAUAUAAGCCAAAACAUGGCAUGAUAUUUUAACGUAAAUGAUUGUUAAAUGUACGUCUAAAUAUUUAUGUAUAAUCCGCUUUAUGUAUGUACUUAACGUUGAACUCUAUAUAUAAUCCCAAUAUAAAUCGGCACAUUACGUUAUACGCUGUGUAUCUUUUAUUAUUGUGAUCUGUAAAAAUAAAGUAAAUUCUUCAAAAUAAUUUACCAAAAAGGUCAAAUAACUUGUUUUCUGGUCAUAGCACUUAAAUAAUAUUACCUGUGGGUACGGAAAUAUUUUGUGACAAUGGUAUUGGAUUAAUAUGUAAAAUAUUAUAAACGAUAAGUGAUAGACAUAAUGGAUUAAUUAGACUUUCCAACAAUCUUUGAUAUAAAAAAUAAAAAUGACAAGUUAUCUCACAUGAUAUGAAUUAAUUAAUCUUAUAAGCUAUUUCAUUGUAACCAACUGCUUUAAAUGACUUACCUAGUGUACAUUUUUUGAUUGCGUGUAAUAUUUGAAGUAAAAAUGGGUUUUAAUAAUAAUAAAAAAAAAAACAAUGCGCGACUUAGCGGUAUUAACCUUUGGAAGUUUAUUUAUUAUUUUACUGUAACAAUCCAAGAUAUAAGAAAAAGCUGUUGUAGAAAAUACGUGCGAAAAUAAAUCCUUAUCAAAGAAAAGUUGAAUUAUGUGAAAAUGAAUAGGAAUUUAUGCUAAUUAAAAACUAUAAAUAAAACGUAGGUACGUGAGAAUUAAAUGUGCUAUUAAAAGAAAACAAGUUUUAAAACGAUCGAUAAGAUAUACAAGUAACAGAUUACUGUUAUUAUAUAAAAGGAGAUCUAAUAAUGAAUGAUUGAUUUGUUUAUGUUCAGCAUAAUCCAUCGUAAUCUAGAAAAUUUUAUGUAUAAUUAUAUUAACUCUGAUAUUUACCUAUUUCUAUCUGAUACCUACCUUUUAAAUGUAGUUCUGUAAAUAUUAGACUACCAGUCAUUGUCAACGUCCAUACAUAAACAAAUGACGCUCAAUUAUGUAUAAAUAUUCAAAUGCGUUAGGGUCACAUUCAAUGAAAGGUUAAUCAUUAACAUUACUCGCAUUUUUGUUGUUUUUCAUGAUUGAAAAUUAUAUAAAUUGUAAUUUAACUCAUAACUUAUAGAAUUGAUUGUUAUAUGCAGCAAAUUGGUGUGCUCAAAAAUCAAACGCUGUCUAAAUACUCUUUAGCAUGACAAAAUAAUUGGGACCUGACUAAAACGUGUUCUCCAUGAUGACUUCUGUACCUAAAUUUUAACUAUGUCUUGUAAAAUUAGCGUCACAAUAGGCAAGUAAGGUGGCGGUAGCGUAGGUACUUAAGGUUUUGUAUUUAUGUGCACAGUAGUCUAGUUUUAGUUGAAAAUUCCACUUAAUUCCUUAUCAACGUUUGUGAUAUGCUUGUGUUAUUGAAAAAUGUUUUAUGUUGAUUCCAAGAAUCGGAAAUUGUGAUUUGAACUAGAAAUAUAUUUUUAUGCAGUA